AUGAUGCCAAAAACAUAUUUAGAAGUCAAAUCAUUAGUUGACUUUGAAGAAUUAAUCGGAUAUAAAUUUCAAAAUCAAGAUUUACUUCAACAGGCUCUAACUCAUAAAUCAGCAGUUAACGAAAAGCAUCCAAUGGCAUUUUCUCGUGAUUUUACUUCUUUGGCAUUUGUUGGAGAUAGUGUAGUGAAAUACGCUGUUACUCGAUAUUUAUAUCUCAACGGACGAGAUGAUGUAAUCAGAAAGUGUAAAGAAUUGCAUGAAGGUACUCAGAAAGUCAUUCCAAACUAUGUUUUGGCGAAACUUGCAUAUGAUAAACUGCAUUUAGAACAAUAUCUUAUACGUGGAAACUCACAUCGAUAUCCCGUUAUGAGCAUGUAUGCGAGCUGUAUAGAAGCUAUAUUCGGUGCCAUUGCCCUUGAUUGUGGAGUCAAUCAACAAGAAGUCAUUUUCCGUGUCAUCGAAAAAAUAUGUGCUGGUCGAGUUGAAAAAUGGCUGACAAAAGUACCAGAUGGUACAAUGCGGGCACAUAUGUGGGACGGUAAUACAGAUAACGAUAAGGAUAUUAUUGAUUGGCCUAGAAAUGAACUGAAGUCAGCGAUAUACAGUUGCAAGUCAGUUGCACUGGAACAUGAAAGAAGCUAAUGGUAAAUGUUCGGUCGAUUUUCCUUGCGUAACUUUGCUGUUUUUCUCUGGACUCUCUACUUGUUGCAUAUUCGUCUCUAUACCCUCAAUGAUGUCAUAAAAAGUGAACAUUAUACAUCACUGAUACAAACUUUGAAAAAUAACAUUUGUCAUUUUUAAGAUAACGAGAGAAAAAUAUUCUUCAAGAAUGUAUAUUAUCCAACUCGACUUGACUAUGAAUUGUAAUUGAACUAAAUUGUUUCUGAGAAGAUUUUAUAAAAAAGAACAGAAAUACUUCUUCGAUUUGAGUGCAACAUCUUGUUAACUUAUCUAAUUAUUCUUAUCUUUCGAGCGAGAAGCAGGAUCCCGUGAAUUUGCACUCCAGACUAAGUUUUUGUCUCAUAUAUCUACGUGAUUUGCGCACUUCAUAGUGCUGAAAAGGACACGAUAAUACUAGCUAAUGUCAUGCGGAUCGGCAUUAGUUCUGAACACUAUAGUAUAGUCAGCAUCAGAAAAGAUCUAGUUUGUGCAUACUUAUGACUAUGACGAAGACAUAUUGUUAACUUGCCUAUUGAUAGAGAGUGUGGAUGUGGACCUCGAUAAUCUUCUUGUUUACUCACACACCCACACCCGCCACCGUUUAAUACAAGAACAUACACGUACAGCACAUACACAACACAUCAUACUAAGCACACAGAAUCGUCGACCCGUUAUCACAAGAUACAGAAUUGAUUCCUGAUCUGAUUUUGUGAUCGUCGUUCUACAAGUUGCUCGUACUUGUUCAAGUGUAUCUUACUACGAAUGCAUUCUUUUGAAAAUAAUGGUAUAUUUCUCGUGAUCAAAUCAAAUAAUUUGACAGUUUCUAAGUCUAUAUUUAUCUUUUAAGUUAACACACUCGUCUAGAGCACUCCUUCAAUAUCGUUCCUUUCAAUCAAUCAAUGAUUAUAUUUUAGAAAGUAUUUUAUUUUUUAGGAUAAGAAAAAAAUUGCUGCAUGACAAAUCACAAAUUUAGUUUGUCUUUCACAAAAUUGAGUAACUCUUGUCGUUUAUCGACAACUUGCACUUGUUCUGGAAUGUUCGGUAGUUUCUUUUUGAGUUCGACUCGAUCUCGCGUAUAGACAACGAGAGGUACAUCAAGAUUGAAUUCGUUGAGAAGAUGUACUACGUCGAUGACAUUUUUCGAUUCUUUGAAAUAUCGACCGCGACUGAUCACUACUUUCUUCUGUUGAAGUCUGAUGUCUUCUGCAUGAUCUU